UAUAAAUCAAAAAUAAUGGGAUCAUCAAGUAGUUGCAAAUAAAUGUAAUAAUGCUAAGAAAAAGAGGUUCAUAUUGGUUCAGUUUACAAUUCUAUAACUAUAAAUGCUGUAGUUGAAUCUUCUGAAUGCAUCCCUUAAGAGGCUAGAACAAUUUAAUUAUAUAAAUCUUAAAAGUCAAUAUUGCAUCAAAAAGAAUCAGAAUUUGACAAACGAAUAUCUCAACUAGGAAGGGUAGAUCAUAUUUAAAAUUAAAUGCCUUCAAUUAAAGUUCUAGAUUCAAUGGGAAAUAAUUUGUUAAAUUAAUCAAACUAUGGAUCAUCAGAUAUAAGACCAUAAUACUGUUGUUAUUGUCAUUAAUUAAAUGAUUAAUAGUAGUGUUAUACAUUGGAAUGUUUAGAUAUAUUUCAUGAACCAUGUCUUAUUUUAUUUAUUACAACUUAAAUUACAAAUGGUAAUUGUACUUUACUUUGUAAAUGUUAAGACAAAAUUCAUACAAAACAUUUAAGAUCACUUAUUUCUGAUUAAAACUUGGUUUAAAGAUUUUUCUCUAAUCAACUUGGCACUUUAUAAUUGAAAUAUUAGGAUUUGUUACAUUUUAAAAAAAAUGAAAUAAUUGAACGAGAAUGUUGUUUUCAUUGCAAAAAAUCUAUUAUAAGUUAAAAAGUAUAAUUAAAAUGUAAACACAAUAUUCAUAAAUAUUGUCUCAAAGAGUUUUGUACUUAAUAAAUUGAAUUUGAUAAAACUUAUUUGAUUUGUUACUGUGGAGCAUAAAUUACUACGUAGUUGAUUAGAUAAUUUAAGAGCGAUUCGUUUAAACUUAUAUUAUCAAAAUUAUUUAAAAACUAACUCGUGGAACUUUAUAAUACUAAUAAAUUUCUUUAAAAUAAAUUUCAUUUCAAAUAGUUUAUUAAGACAGUAAACUAUUCUGAAGUACAAAAAUAAUCAUCAUAUUCCAUGUAAAUAUAAUGA